AUGCUGCUACUAACAUUAUUAUUGCAUUCACCGUGGGUUACAGUUAAAAUGCAUGAUCGUCAUCAACCAUAUUCAGUUGAAGUGCUUUUUGAAGAUCACGUAACAUUGAGUGAUGGUCGUUCUAAACCUCAUCUCGUCUUACUUCAAUUAACAUCGGAGACACUUAUUGUCCGACGUCUUAAAACGACUCAAGUAUCAUCAAUUAAUAAUAAAGAUAUUCAAACAAUAGUAUCACGUAAUGUCACUCUCAAAAGGCAUCCGACAACAAAUUCAUUUGGUUUUUCAAUAAAGGGUGGUUGUGAUACAGGUUUUCCAGUUCUUAUUUCUCGUGUUGUUUACACCAAUGCACAUUUAUUACACGUUGGUGAUGCUAUCUUAUCUAUAAAUAAUGAAGAUAUAUCUAAUUUAACUCAUGAUCAAGUUAUAACAAAAUUACGAAAUAUAUCCGGUGAUCAAGUUAAUUUAACUGUUCGAUAUAUGAAUGACAUGGCACCCUAUUUACAUUCAACAUCAACAACAGCAAGAUCAUCAUUAUCAUCAUCUAUAAUGCCAACUGUAAAGACUAGUUUUACAUUACCAACAUCAGCAUCUGUUAGAAUGAGACGACAACAAAAUCGUAUGUCAGCAGAAUAUCCAUCCGGUUAUCAUCGACCGGGUAAACAACAACAACGCUUAUCAUUAAUGCUUUCCGAUCAACAACAAAAUACUGAUGAAUAUGAAUUACUUAGUCGAUUAUUAUUAUGUGAAAAUGAAAGUGAACGAUGUCGACGUCAGUUAAAUACAUUUGCAAAAGAACAACAACAACAAAGUGAAUCGAUUAGUUUAUUAACAGAAGAAGAUGAUGAAGAUAAUUCAACAGUUGAUUAUGUUUCUGUACAAGAAUAUUCUCUUCUUUAUGCAUAUGUUACUCAAUAUUUAAGUGGCACAGAUAAAUUACGUAUUAAUUCUUUUCAAUUACAUACUCUUGAUGGUUCACAAUCGGGAAUUAUUAUAGCCGAUACAGCUAUACAACAACAUAUGUGGAUAUCACGUAUCAAUAUGGUUAUACAUAACUUAACAGCUCGUACAUUAACUGAACUUAAUCAAACAUUAUUACCAAGUGAACAAGUACUUUAUGCAACAUGGAUACAUGAACGUGUUACUAAUAUUAAUCAAAAUCGUUUACCUGAAUGGAAACCUAUAUUUAUCGUAUUUAAAGGUAGUGAUCUUUAUAUAUUUGAUGAUAAUAAACCACCACCAUUAUGUGCAUAUGAUUUUAUAUGUUGUUCACGUGUAUAUCCAAUUGUUGAAAUACUUAUUGAAAUGACAUCAUCAAAACAUCGUCUUGAUGAUAGACAAUAUUGUUUUACAUUAACAUUGUCCAAUGAUCUUGUAGCACAACGUCGUUAUUUAAAUUUUGAAACAAAAACUGAAUUAGAUGAAUUUAAUUCUAAUGUACAACGUUCAACUUAUAUGUCUGUAUAUGCACUUAAAAAUCGUGCGUUUGGUUGUAUGUAUCAAGGACAAAUAUGUCGUUUAAUUAUUGAUAUAACAAAAGGUUUUGAAAUGUAUAAUAAUGAAACAAAUAUUAUUCUAUGGUCAUUUACAUUUGAUCAAUUACAAUCAAGUUCAGAUAAUGGACGAGAUAAAAUUUAUUUUGAAUUUAAACGUGAUUUAAUCGUAUCAAAUGAGAAUGAACCAACAAUACAUAUUGAAAUACAAUGUCAGCAUUUAAGAAUACUUAUUCAUGUGAUUAAUGCUUUUUUAACUGUUAAACUAAUUGGUAAACGGGAUGAUACAAUUAUUCAAGAAAUAAUUUCCAGUGAUUAG